GGCAGUAGCACACGAGCACGGCCGCACUGCACCACCAACCAAUCUCCUCGCCUCCCACUCGGCCACAUCCCCCGGAACGAACUCCACAAAAAUCUCCACUCCGCACCCGCGCGGAGGAGGCAGCACCAGCACCCGCACCCGCGCCCGCGCGGCGCUACUACCCCCCACCCAAACGCCUCGCCUGCCGCGCGCCGCAGCCCCAGAACCCCCAAAAAUCUCCACACCCCACGCGCGCCGAGCAGCGGAUUACCCAACCGAAACGCGGCCCCCAUGGCAUCCGCCGUUUCGCUGCUCCUCCUCUCGUCCCCGAGCCCGCUUCACCGCGCGAGCCCAUCCCACCUCCUCAGCGUCCCGCACCGGCGGGUCUUCCUCACCGGCCACACCGCGACCCCUCGCCGCCUCCUCGCCGCCCCGCCGCGCGCCUCCAACAACAACGACAACAGCGACGCGGUGGAGGCGCUCGACCGCCUCGUGGCCGCGGGCGCCUACCUGUACCCGUUCCUCGACGGCGCGCACCACGGCCGCUUCCUCCUCGCGCAGUUCCCCUUCUUCAGCGCGCUCCUCCGCCCGCUCGCGCCCGCCGCGCGCCUCUUCCACUCCUCGCCGCUCACGCCCUUCCUCCUCUUCCUCACGCUCUAUUUCGCCGUGGUGCGAAACCAGCAGGCCUUCCCCCGAUUCGUCCGCUUCAACGCCAUGCAGGCCGUCGCGCUCGACGUGCUGCUCAUCUUCCCCGACCUGCUCGCGCAGUCAUUCGCGCCCUCCACAGGCGGCGGGGUUGGGUUCGAGAUCUUCCAGAGCAUGGAGAACACCGUAUUCCUGUUCCUGCUCGUCUGCUUGGUGUACGGCGGGGGCGCGUGCCUGCUCGGGAAGACGCCAAGGCUGCCCAUCGUCGCUGAUGCAGCUGAGCGCCAGGUGAUGUGAGUUCCGUCGAAUCUUGCUGGUGAAAAGGGAAAGGGGAUCUGGUGAUAUGCACACAAAUCUCAACUGUCCAAUGAUGCUUGGGAAUCGCAAGUUCAGUAGUAUAGUUUACAUUUGCUGUCUAUAGUUCUAGCUACCGAUUGAAUUGGAUGAAUUGCGGAAGGUUGAUACAAUGACAUUUCAACCUAGUGUACGACCAUAUUUGUUGAAUUAAGAAAUUUGAGAGAGCAACUCAUA